CAGAAGAUGCUUCAUCCAAUAGGAAAUGUAGGAAGUUCGCGGGUAUCUUAGCUGAAUGUAAUGUUUACCACAGAAAAGGAGAAAUACAAGACGUAUAAAUUCGUUUUCUCUGUGAUGUUUACCUUUUUCAGUGUUAUGUUAUUGGCUGUACUUUGUUACAAUGAGUAAAAAUAAUACAACAAAACAGAUAUUUGACUAUUUAAAAGAUCAAAAUCGCCCAUACAGUGUAAUUGAUAUACAUAAUAAUCUACAUAAAGAACAUGGCAAAACAACUGUUAUGAAAACCUUAGAACUUCUCGUUACUGAAGGUAAAGUUAUUGAGAAAACUUAUGGAAAGCAAAAAAUUUAUUUCGUGAAUCAAAAUGAAUUCCCAAAUUCUGAUAAUGCAGAUCUGCAUAAGAUGGAUGCUGAAAUUAACAACCUUACCCAUACUCUGAAUGAAAUUCAGCAACAAAUCAAAAAUACGGAAAAUGAAUUAAACACACUGGAUAAAAGCCUAACAACCGAAGAAGCAGAAUCUGAAUUGUUGGUUUUGAAAAAUGAAAUUCCAAAAUUGAAAUCGAAAUUACAAGAUUUGGAAUCGAAUGCUGGAAGAGUAAAGCCUGAAGAAAAGGAUAAGCUAUAUGAAACAAGAAAAAAAUAUUGUAAAGAAUGGCAGAAACGAAAACGCUUGGCAAAUGAUAUGCUAGAUGCUAUUUUAGAAGGCUAUCCCAAAACUAAAAAACAUCUCUUAGAAGAAAUAGGUAUUGAGGGUGAUGGAGAUUUAAAAGUCUUCUCUUAUUAAAGUAUUAUUGAAUAUUUACUUUCUGAAAAUAUGUAUUCUGUUGUUUCUUUCUAUUUUGAAAAAGUAUUGAAAUAAAACUAUUGUGUAUUUAUGUAGAUUUAAAAUUACCUUUCAAUAAAAUGAUAUUGAGUGUUUAUAU